AUGGUGAGCCAAAGACAGAAAUUAGCACGCAAGAGAUACAAAGAAGAACAUCCAGAGUUGUUUCCAAAACCAGAACCAACACCUCCAAAAGACCCCAACAAGAGGAAGAAGAAAAAGAGCUUGUUCAAGAAAAAAAAAUCUGACCCAAAAGACCCUAAUAAGGUUAACAAAAAAGGGUUUGGUAAACACCCGCUUAGAGUUCCUGGUAUGAAGCCUGGUGAUAGUUGUUUCAUUUGCAAAGCUAAAGACCAUAUUGCCAAACUUUGCCCUCAAAAAGAUGAAUGGGAAAAGAACAAGUUUGAGUAUUUAUUGUCAAGUAUUGAAUUGGUUGGUGAUAAACAUUGUGUUCGAUAUGCAAUUUGUCUUCAGUAUGGCUGUGGAAUUGGAAGAAAAUUAGUUUUGGAAUUGGAUAUUGUGUCGAGGCUAUGCGACGAGGGCAUAGCCUCAAGCGUUGUCCUAACAAGAAUGAUGAGACUAUGGAUCAGAAAUUGUGUUAUAAUUGCGGGGAAACAGGGCAUUCACUUUCUCAAUGUUCUCAACCUCGAGAAGAUGGCUUAUGCCAUUUCUGUAAUACCUCUUGGUGGUUGCUGUAAAAUAUGUGAUGGUGUAACACAUUUGGCUAAAGAUUGUCCUGAUAAGGAUAAGAGAGGUUCUGCAGCCUUUGGCAGAGGAGCCAUUGGAAGGGAAGUAAGGCCUACCGGGCGAGUGACUAAGUUUAUAAGUGGAGACGAGCUUGAUGAUGAUUUUAUGACAGAAAACACGUAUAGCAUUCCAAAAGAUGAUGGAAAAUCAAAGAAGAAACAAGGUCCCAAAGUAGUUACCUUUGCGAACGCGGCAUCUGGAAUGGCUGUUGAUGAUUCAUGUAAGCUGAAGUUUUUGGAACUAAAAUCAAAGAGAAACUAUCGGUUCAUCAUUUUCAAGAUUGAAUCUCAACAAGUGGUGGUAGAGAAACUUGGGAGCCCUGAAGAAACCUACGAGGAUUUCGCUGCAUCUCUCCCUGCUGAUGAGUGUCGCUAUGCUGUCUUUGAUUAUGAUUUCAUUACUAAUGAGAAUUGCCAGAAAAGUAAAAUCUUUUUCAUUGCAUGGUCACCUGAUACAUCAAGGGUGAGAAGUAAGAUGGUCUACGCGAGCUCCAAAGACAGAUUCAAGAGGGAACUGGAUGGCAUUCAAGUUGAGUUGCAAGCAACAGAUCCUAGCGAAAUGAGCUUCGACAUCAUAAAGUCUCGAGCUCUUUAG